AUGUCCUUUCUCUUCGGCAAGAAGAACAAGCAGCAGCAGCAACAACAACAAGCGCCACAACAGCCCGCCAACGCGCUCCCCCCAGCCACAAGAGACAUCUCGUCGUCACAUGGCCCCGGCCACCAGCCCUCGACGUCGAAUGGAGCAAACAACAUCCGCGACGCUGAAAAGUCGCGCGGCGGCCCCCCAGCCCAGACGUCGACCCCUGGCGGCAGCGCCAAUAAUUCCCUGAGCUCUCUCCAGAAUGCUCUAAGUGCGCAAGCGCCCGAGCCUAAGGCUCUGCGCGAAAAGACAGACGCAAACCCCCAGAAUACGAAUGCCAGGUCCGUCUCCAACGCCGUCGACUCGCCCUACCCCUGGUCGUCGCGGCGCCUCAACUUCACAUCGGGCAAUCCGUUUCCGCGGUACGGCGCAGCCAUCAAUUCCACGGCCUCGAAAGAUGGCACCAUCUAUCUCAUGGGAGGACUCGUCGGCGGCGCGACGGUCAAGGGCGACCUGUGGCUGACCGAAAUGGGCAACGGCAGCAUGACGUGCUAUCCCAUUGCCACGACGGGCGAUGGCCCCGGCCCGCGUGUCGGGCAUGCUAGUCUGCUGGUUGGCAACGCGUUUAUUGUAUUCGGCGGAGACACAAAAUUGGCUGACAACGACGACCUCGACGAUACCCUCUAUCUCCUCAACACCUCAACGAAACACUGGUCGCGCGCACUGCCCCAAGGUCCACGUCCCACUGGCCGCUAUGGACACACGCUCAACAUCUUGGGCUCCAAGAUUUACAUCUUCGGAGGCCAGGUCGAGGGCUUCUUCUUCAACGACCUGGUCGCCUUUGACCUCAACUCGCUGCAGUCGUCGGCAAGCCGCUGGGAAGUGCUGCUGCCAAACACAAAAGAGCAGGUGUCUCCCCAAAACAAAUCGCCACAGGCCCGCACCAACCACUCCGUCGUUACUUGGAACGACAAACUCUAUCUGUUUGGUGGCACAGACGGUAUUACGUGGUUCAACGAUGUCUGGACAUAUGACCCGCGCACCAAUCUUUGGACUGAGCUUGACUGUAUUGGUUACAUUCCCGUUGCCCGUGAGGGUCAUUCAGCCGCCCUCGUCAACGACACAAUGUACAUCUUUGGCGGACGCACGCAAGAAGGACUCGAUCUCGGUGACCUGGCCGCCUUUCGCAUUUCUUCUCGCCGCUGGUACAUGUUUCAAAACAUGGGCCAUUCCCCUUCGGCUCGAUCUGGACACAGUAUGACUGCGUUUGGGAAGCACAUUGUCGUUCUUGCUGGCGAGCCUAGUUCGUCUGCCAGCGACAGGAACGAGCUCAGUCUCAGCUAUAUCCUCGACACAUCCAAGAUCCGGUACCCGCCCAACGAGAGUGCGCCUCCGCCCACCACGCAGCGUAAAAUGAGUGGUGGUGAAAAAAGCAACAUGGCCCCUAAAGUCGGAUCGCCUCCAGUACGCGAAAGCCCAAUGACCUCGCAACUUUCAAGAUCUUCAGACAACAUGACCAACGGAGCCUUGUCCGGAGCAUCGCGGCUGCCACGCGCAGCUGUUCAGUCGCCACCAGGCCCGCCACCGCAGCAGCAACCGCCACAGCCACGGGAGAACAGUGCCAAAUCCAGGAGUAGAACUCCCACCAAGAACGAGCGUAGCUAUGGCCCCCCUGUCGAUACCGGUGCUGCAUCCGCUGUGAACAGGGAAAACGUGUCGCAACCAACACGCGACAGUCCACUCGCGACCGAAAUGGGACGGAAAACACCCGAGGCUGGGGGCCGUCGGACGCCCAAGGAGUCGAUUGACACGACGCGAUCCGCCAGCUCGGUUUCGCGAAACACGGCAAGAUCCCAUAACCAGCAGCCUUCUCAAGAGAGCAUAGACAGCUCCAUACGACAGUCGGUCGAGUCACAGCAGCAGUACCGCGGCCCAAGCAGGGAGGCUGAGCAUGUGCGCACCGACAGUGCCAAACAGGCUUCCCCCGUGACUGACCAGCGCAACGCCGAGCUGGUUCGAGAACUCGAGCAUCUCAAGAGCAGCAAUGCAUGGUACGCUUCGGAACUGGCCCUGGCGCGCAGGGCGGGCUACAACGCUGGUGCUUCGACGAGCCCCGUCUUUGACGAGCGAUCGACCGAUUCCUUUCGCGAUGAGGACAAACCACUGCUGGAAGCGCUUUUCAAAAUGAAGACGGAGAUGGAGCGGGUGCAGGCGUCCAUCAGGUCUCAGGCCGAGGACGCAGCAAAGAGGAUUGCCGAAGUGGAAAGACAGCGAGACGCAGCCGUCAGCGAAGCCAUAUACGCCAAGACCAAAUUGGCCGCUCACGGAGGCGGUAGCCAGCGCGGGACGCCGCAGCCUGACGGGCCUCGAAACGUGGACACGCCUGACGCUGACCGCCUCCAUGACACCAAUCGCCGACUGGCCGCCGCCAUAGCUGCCCAGGCCGAACUCACGACCAAGGUCGAGCAAUUGUCACGCCAAGUCGAGGCCGAAAUAAGGGCGAAACAGCUGGCAGAGGAGACUGCGGAAGCUGCGCAGAAACGCGUGAAUGAGCUGGAUUCGACACGACAAAAGGCUACUGCCGAAUCGGAGCGCCUGCGUGCAGAGCUUCAUGAAGCGGAGCGAGUAGCGAGAGACGUUUCUACGAGCGCCGCAGAGGCCGAGUCGUCGGCGAAGCUCUUGGCCAUUGACAAGCAGGAACUGAGCGCCAAAUUCGCCAAGACCUCUGAGGAAUUCAAGGCUCAGACCGCCAUUAUCCAAUCGCUACGCGAUGCCGUUGUUGCGUCUACAGAAAAGACGACAUUGCUCGAGAAGAAGCUCAGCGAGGAGCGAGAGCAGAGUGACUCGCUCCGCCAGAAGCUUAGCCAGUUGCGCAGUGAGCACGAAGCCCGCAUGACAGAGCUGGAGACGAUUACGCAAAAGCUUCGCGACGCCGAGGAGCUGGCCGAGAGUCACGCAGAGGAGGCACGCAUUCAUCGGGAAGCGGUCUUUUCAGGUCUGCAAAGCAUGACGGAGCGAUCCGAACAAGACGGAGCAAACACGGACGAGCGCGUCGCUGUGCUACAACAGCAACUCGAAGUUGCGAGCUCCAUGGCACGCAAGAACCAGAUGGCCGCCGAUCAGGCCUCAGAAAAGCUUCGCCGAGCAGAGGAACGCAUUGCCGGUUUGGAGGCGUAUCAAGAGCAGUCUAGCCGUGAGGGACUUACCAUCCGCAAACAGCUACAGCAGGCUAUGCGAGAUGCGCAGCUUUCCGAAGUUGAAAAGAGCGAGCUGCACCAACAGCACGAGCGUCUGCGCCUCGAGAGCAAUGCAUUCGAAGUACAGCUCAAAACACUGCGUAACCUUCUCGAUGAAAGGGGUGUCAAUCCUGUAGACGCGCGCCGCUCAAAGGUCAUGGAUAGCCCCAGCUCCAGGUUUGGUACUCCGGAGCUGAACCGCGUCCGGGAGCUCGAGCAGCAAGUCGAUGCCAUGAACAAGGCACACGAAGAGCUACGUGUUGUAUUCGAAGAGCGUGAGCACGAGGUCAGCAAGGAGUGGGAGGAGAAGCUGCAGGCGCUGCACAACGACCACCAAGCCGCUGUCAAAUACCUCCGGGGUACUGAGAAGAUGCUCACCAAAAUGAAGCAGGAGCUUGAUCGCUAUAAGAGCGUGAACCACAAGCUUGAAGAAGAGCUGUCCCUGAAGAGGCAAGAAGCACGCAAUGCCGAAAACCCAGAGUGGGAGACGGAACGCACUCAGCUUCGCUCGGAACUAUCAAAGACGCAGGAGGCUAUGAAGGCUACUGUUGCUCGCUUCGAGGGCCAGCUUUCUCAACUACAGAAGGAACUAGCCUCUGCCCGUGCUGACGCUGAGACGGCGGCUGCUGCCACCAAGCAAGCGGAGAACCAGGUCACUCAGCUCCAGACUGACCUUGAGGCGCUCCGCCGCCAACAUGCCCAAGUCGAGGAGCGUGCACGCGAAGCCGAAAGCCGAGUGCAACUGUUCCUAGAUCAGUUUGAAACAUCAGUCGACAACUACCGUCGUCAGUCACAUGUUCCGGGUGACAGCGCUCGUUCUGAGCAUGCACACCACCGUGGACACGACAGUGUAGCCUCAGGCGAGUCACUGUAUAGCCACAACGACGGCUCCAGCACCCCCGAAGCUAUUCCCCGCCCAGACUCUGCUGCUACCCGUAACUCGAUGGCUCUCGACAAUCUCGCGUCUGAACUGGACGCCCUCCGAAGCCACUGGGAAACAACCAACAAGGCGUACCGAUUGAGUGAACGCUUCGACUUUGAACGCACAUCCAACGGCGAAAAGUCUGGUUUGAAUGACACCCUCUCAAAAUGGAGGAGCAAUAUGGACUUGGACGAUGAUGCUCACAGCGUCACGGAGAUGCAAGACUCCAAGCCUAAGAAGGCUCCCUCCCCCGCCACCGCGUCUGCCCCUUAA